AUGUGUGGGCCAUAUGUGGAGCAUUAUAAGCUGGCAAUACGGGCGGCUGGUAAACAAUUGCAUAUUUCUCCGCUAGAUAUUCGUACAACCUUCGCAAAGUGUCCCUCGAACUGGCAGUCCAGCCACAGCGUAGAAGAAUCCAACUCACAUUCAGCUGAACAUGAGAAUGGUGUUCCUCAAAUUCAAGAGAAAACGGGUGUACAAAAUCAGCUAGGCGCGUCUACAAGCUUGCCAUGUAUUGAAUGCCGACCUGUCAAAAGCUGCGUUCAUCUGUUGGAGCAUGCACCGCGGGAUAUUGAGAGUCUGUGGUGGAUGCGAUUGUAUCCUGAUAAGCAACCCUGA